CAACAGGAAAAAACCCGUACAAUCGGUUAUUUCAGUUUUUGAUUCCAUGUAUAAUAUCUUUCAUAAACUAAAAAACUGAAAAAGUUUUUUAGAAGUGACUGAGAUUGAAAAGUUAUAUAGUUCAUUUGUUCCAUGGUUAUCUUCAUUUGUUUACAAAGUUUACAAUCGCCGACGAGCUCAAGUCUCACGUGUGACGUUCAAUUCUAUUAUUUUUCUCUUAUUAAUCGAAUUCGAUUUAUUAAAAUUAGCGGUUUACGCUAACUUUUGAGCAUGGCUUUAAGAGUUCAAUUUGAAAACAAUAACGAGGUUGGUGUGUUUUCAAAAUUAACCAACACUUAUUGUUUGGUAGCAAUAGGAGGCUCCGAAAAUUUUUACAGUGUCUUUGAAGGCGAACUUGGUGAUACCAUUCCUGUUAUACAUACUUCCAUUGCUGGAUGUCGUAUCAUCGGAAGAAUGUGCGUAGGUAACAGACACGGUCUUUUAGUUCCAAAUUCUACAACUGAUCAAGAACUGCAACAUCUUCGAAAUUCUCUUCCAGAGGAAGUUAAGAUUCAAAGAGUGGAAGAGCGAUUAUCAGCUUUAGGCAAUGUAAUUGCAUGUAACGAUUAUGUCGCACUCGCGCAUCCUGAUUUAGACAAAGAAACGGAAGAGAUUUUAGCAGAUACUCUCAAAGUUGAAGUAUUCGGUCAUUCUAUUGCAAGUAAUACUUUGACUGGAAGUUACUGCUCUUUGAGUAAUCAAGGAGGACUUGUUCAUCCAAAAACAUCAGCUGAAGAACAGAAAGAGCUCUCUUCACUAUUGCAAAUCCCAUUAGUUGCUGGCUCUGUAAAUCGUGGUAGUGAUGUCAUUGGUGCUGGUAUGGUUGUAAAUGAUUGGUGUGCUUUUUGUGGGCUAGAUACUACCAGCACUGAAAUUUCAGUAAUUGAAAGCAUUUUUAAACUUGGUGAUGUUUUACCUGCAGCAAUAACCAGUGAUAUGAGGAAUGCUCUAAUUGACAGUAUGGCUUGAAGUGCUAUGUAAAUCAAUUUUUAUUGAAUGUAAAUCCAGUAACUUUUAUUUUUUGUUGUAUCAAUGUAAAGUAAUUUUUAUUCCCUCUAGUAAAUUUUUUUAAUUAUUUCAAUUUCAUUAAGUUUUCCUACCUGACCUUUUAAAUGUUAAAUUAUCAUCAAUUGAAAAAAAUAAUAUGAUUAAUGUUUGUUAAUUUAUUGUUAAAUGCUUCACGAUACAAGAAAAUG